UGAUCCAAAGGAGGCUGUCAUUGGGGCUGACGUUGUCUAUUCAGACGUCUGGGCAAGCAUGGGACAAAAGGAUGAGGCUGCAUACCGCAAGCAACAGUUCCAAGGUUUUCAGGUGGACGAAGCACUGAUGAAAUUGGCAGGACCUAAGGCAUACUUCAUGCAUUGUCUACCAGCUGAACGGGGCACUGAAGUCACAGAUGCCGUGAUUGAAUCAUCCCGCUCUAUUGUCUUUCCUCAAGCUGAGAAUCGCUUGCAUGCACAGAAUGCUGUAAUGCUGCACGCUUUGGGAUUAUGAAGGUUGCAACCUCAAAUAUGUUCCCAAUUUUGUAUUGCUGAUAAAUGUGUAGCAUUGACAAUUUUCUACGCUCACUGAUAAGCGGACAAAAACAUGGAGAAUUUUUACAUGCUUUUUUCCUUGGGAUAUAAUGCAUAAAAAAUAACAUUAGAUUU